AUGGAAGAAACUAUGACACAAUUCAUGCAAAUGUCAAUGGCCAAUCAGAAAAAUCAAGAAGCGGCUAUCAAAAAUCUCGAAACUCAAGUGGGCCAACUUGCCCAGGAAAUUGCGGCAAACAAAUCAAGUUCAUCUUUUUCCGCAAAUACUGAAGCUAAUCCUAAAGAACAUUGCAAAGCAGUGGUGACUAUAAAGGGACCUACGAGAAGUAAAAGAGAAAUUGAAGAAGAUGAGGUUAAUGAUGAAAUAAAGGUUGUCAUGGAAAAUCAAAGGAAGGAAAGAGAAGAAGAUGAAGUAGAGAAAGAGGCUACGAAGAAAAAAAGUGAGAAAGUGGAGAAAAGAAACAAUGGGAGGAGAAAAAGUGCCAAGGAAAAGAUGGCAAACAAUGUGAUCCCUAACCAAAAUCUCCCGUACCCCCAUGCUCUGUCAACAAAGGAAAAUGCAAGGUGCUAUGCUCGGUUUAUGGACAUAUUCAAACAACUUCACAUAAAUAUUCCAUUUGCCGAGGCAUUGGAGCAAAUGCCCAAGUAUGCUAAAUUCAUGAAGAAUAUUCUCAUAAAGAAAAAGAGGUACACAAAUGAAGAGACAAUUUUGCGGGAUGCCCGUUGUAGUGCCGUAAUCCAAAAAACUACUCCAAGAAAGGAAUCCGAUCCGGGACGAGUCACCUUGCCGUUAACUAUUGGAGGUAACUACGAUGGUAAUGAUUUGAUUGAUUUGGGAUCUAGCAUCAAUGUAAUACCUUUAUCCAUUGUCAAGAGAUUGGGGAAUAUUGUAAUGAAGACUACUAGGAUGACCUUGCAACUAGCCGAUAAGUCUAUCACUUCACCGUAUGGAGUAGCUCAAGACAUGCUAGUAAAAGUGGACAAAUUCUUUUUUUGGUGGAUUUUGUGGUAG